UUUGAAGGUGGGGCUAAUGAAGUUUCACAUGGUUUCAUUUUCAACAAAUAUAGUUUUGAAGUCCAUUUAUGAGUCCUGCCAUCUAUACUCCCAUAAUUCUCUCCAGAUCUUAUUAACUGCUUUGUGGUAGUGGACCAGAUGUCUGGGAUUCAGUACCUGGCUUACUUGUGGGUUUUUGUCAUCACACAGACUGGUUUUGUUUGCAGUGAGAUUCACUUCUUGAAGCAGUAUGAGGGUGAAUCCGUUGUUCUUCCCUGUGAGAUUGAACAGAGGUACCCAGCGCCCUGGGGAGUCUACCUCAAACGAUCCUGGCUGGUUAAAGAAGACGUGCUGUUCAAGCACACCAAUAACAAUUUCACAAGUAAAGAUUCUGACAAAAAACGAAUUAGUGUCAGUGGAGAUCCAAGCCUUCAUUUUGUGAAUAUCACCAUCUCUCAGCUGACGGCCAACGACACAGACCGCUACUACUGCGAGUUUGUCGUGGAAAAUAUUUCCUCUGCAGAUAGCCGCAUACGUGGAAAGACAGAAUUCUUCCUUCUUGUUGGUGCUGGAUGCUUCGACCUUGUGCCUACAGGUGCGCAGCGUGGUGGCUCCAGUAACUCCUUUCUGGUGUACGCUUUGUCAUCAGCUGUGGUUGUUCUCCUUCUGCUCUUCACUGGAUUUGUUGUGAUUUCUAAAUGCAAAGGAUCUCAGAGUAUGAAGUCACAAGUACCCGAUGUCUAUGAGGAAAUGGGUAGGGCAACAUCUCCCAGUCAAACACAAGCCCCUGCCCAUCAGAGGGAAAUAACAGAAGCUUUCCAACAAAGUAAACCUCACCUGGGGAACCCCUAUGAAUUUUAAGAGUUGCUAUCAUCAACAUCAUAAACUAGAGUGUCCAAAAACGCUGAACUCCAGCUAGUGUGCAGAAUUCUUUUCAGCACAUCUUAUGUCUUUUAAAUCUCCUGCAUAUUGCUAGACAGCUUGUAUUCUGCCAUUUUUAUUUUUUUUUUUACCUUAUUAUAAAAUAACUUUGGCUGCUUUUGCUGUGAUCAUAGUGAUUAAAUGCUCUGUACAUUACUGAAUUUUAUUCUGCACUCCGUUACAUAUCCCAAUAUACAUAUUCUUUCCAGAUCCUUAGCAGUUGUCUUGGUUUGGCGUAGAUAGUGGUAAGUUGAUGCGUUUUAGCAGACAAAGAGCCAAAUAAUCUGUCAAAGGGCUUCAUUCUGGUGAGCGUUGACUCAACUCAGAAGAAAGCCCGAGUUGACAAAGGAAGUAGAUAAUCAGUGUUGCAAUACUCGUUAUCUCUAACUGAGGUUUUUAGGUUUUGUGAAGACGGCUAACACAAAGAUAUACUUAUCUUGUAGUACAUUCACUCACUUUUUACAUGUUAAACUGAACAUGUGGGUUACGUAACAGGAAGAAGGAAUGACGAAUGCAUGGUUACACUGCAAAACUGGUUCUUUAAGUAAGUAGACUAGCCAGUGUAGGUGGAAGUAAGCUGUUACAUAUGGAAUGUGAGUGAGUCUCUUCACUCAGAGAACCAGCAUUACAUUUUAUUAUUGUAUGGUUACAUUGUAACAUUUUGAAGAAAACCAGUAAGAAAAUGUUGAUGGAAAAUAAUCAGACAUGAAUGGAAUCUGGCAAGGUGUCAUCUACACCCUGCCCUGCACCAGUCCACCACAGAGCACUUUAAACAUCACCACAACACAGAAAACUAAGCAGUUUAGCCUAAAGCAAAAUGUACCAAACUGCUAAGUACUUUGAACCUUUGAACAGCAGAAAAUUAUUAUAUUUCAGUUAGCUCAGAAACUCAAUUUCAAAAAAACUUAAAUCAGCAAACGUAAUUUUCUUAUUGGGCAAGGGAGGAGAAAAAAAGGAAGACCACAGAGAAGAUUCAUGAUAUCUGUGAGAAUUAAUUAACUACAUGAAUAAAUAAGACUAACAAUUUAGACUUACAGUAAUUAACCGAGAAGGAAUAAGUACAAAAACGUACAAGCAAUAACUGUUUAAAAAGGUAGAAAUCUGUACUUGUUGCAGGGAGAAAUGGGAGAAAUGUUUCAUCACUCAUCCAACUGAUUUCUUCAGUCUCAGUUGACCGCAAGUUUCCCAGCUUUAUAAACCGAGCAGUUGCAUAACAUUCGAAACUAGCAUCGUUGCCUAACAAUAAGCCAUAAGAUCGGUUUUGCUUUUAUUAAUUUGUAACUGUCAUGACCGUUAGUGUUGUCAUCAAUGGUAAAUACAGUUAAUGCAAACAGUCAUGGCAAAUUACAUGUUAACAAUAAGAAACUGAUGCAGCUCAUUAUUUGGCAGUUGUGCUGGUUUUGCAACUUCAUCUAUACUACUGUAUUGUUUAUAGGGUUGAGGAAACUUGCGAUGAAAGGAAAUGCUAACAACGAAUCAGAAAUUUUAUCGCCGUUGGGACAAAGUUCACCAACUGUGUCAUAUGUUAAUAUGUCAUAUGUUUUUACGUGCUGCAUCAUGCUGUUUUCUAAAUGUUUAUUUGCUGUGAUUCACUGUAGCUACCACUGUUUCACUUACUAUCGCAGAUUUGUUUGUGUGAGCAUUGUGCUGCAGUUUGCAUUAAAGUCAUUUUAAAGAAAAUGCAGUCUCAGUUUCUUUUACUAUGUUGCGGGUUUAAAUAUCGUUUAUUCCUUUGAUCAUAGAUUUGUUCUGAGACUUCACGCAGCCCCUCCGAAGCCUGAUUUCUUUUUUAAUAGCAGUUGUGAUGUCAUUUCUGACAUCACUGGGCUAAAUCAAGUGGAGGUGGGGUUUUUUCUUUAGAAAUUUUUUCUUUUGUUUUAUCACUUAAAAAAAUACUUUGCUAUGAAUAUUUGUCUCUGUAUGGCGCUAUUAAGUUAUGUAGCAGUCAUGAGUUAGUGAGUGUUAUUUAAUUGUAGGUUUACUGGCUUUAGCUACUGGCACCAGCUAAACUAACUGUGUGUGCGCAGACGGCAAUAUAUACACACAGUCAGUGGUUUCCUCAGAUCAGGAGAAGUGAAGUGAGGCUGUAGUGCCCAGAAUGUGUUUGUUUCCAGUUACAAUGAGCUAUUUUGGUCCAAGUUUCACUUCAUGGACAACGCUCACCUCUGGGAACUCAAAAUGUUUGGUGAGCCUGGCUAACCUAUCACACUCCGUGAAGUCGUACAUUACAUCACUUUGACAACCUUGACUUUCAGUCAAGAACUGAACCAAAUUAACUAAGAAAAGAAUAUUCAA